AGGGCUUCUCUGCGCAUGCGCAAAUCUGAAACCACGCCAAUAUCGUGAAAACGUACAAUUUCUUGGUUUUUGUUGGAAAAUAAUACUUUAAUUUGGCACAGUAACACUCUGCGGUUUAUAACGAGCUGUCAGACUUUUAUAAACUUUAUUGAAACUGUGUCAGGAUGCAAAACACAGAUUCAGAGGAAGCUGAAAAGUCUAAACCUUCUCUGGUUUUCUUUGACUUGGAGACAACUGGACUGGAUCAGAGUUGUGAGAUCGUCCAGCUGGCUGCGGUGAGCGGAGGCCACUCCCUCAACCUCUACGUCGUCCCUCGCUGUCGAAUGCAGCGUGGAGCGUCCAAAGUGACCGGCUUCAGGGUCCGCAGACGGAGACUCUACCUCCAUCGCCAGCUCGUCCUCACCAACUCCCUGCGAGAGGUCCUGGUCUCCUUCAUAGCUUUCCUCCGGAUGCUCGGGCGUCCUCUCGUCCUCGGCCACAACAUCCGGCGCUUCGACUGCCGGCUGCUGGUUCGGGCUCUGGAUGAGCUGGACCUCAGAGUGGAGUUCGAGUCGGCGGUCUCCGGCUACAUUGACACCCUGCCGCUGUCUCGGGAGCUGCUGAAGGACAGCGGCAUCCAGAGUUUUCGACAGACAAACCUGGUCGCGGAGCUGCUUGGCGUGGACUACAAGGCCCAUGAUGCUUUGGAGGAUGUGCGGGCGUUACAGGCACUGUAUAGCGUGCUGCAGCCCACGGCAGAGCUGAUCCACAGGCAUAGGUUUACUCUGGACACCAUGGAGAAGAAACCUGCUGCCUCAGCCGCUAAAUCUAAAGUGCCCCGCGAGCUACCGGGACAGCGCCCCCUGUGGGAGAACUUCAGACAGGCGGUGAAGGUCACAGAGGGCAAAGAAGACAAAGCCACAAGGUAGAACGUAUUAAAACACACUGGAAAGCUUGAUGGCACAAAAAAAGAGGGAAUGUUGUUCUUCGUGUGCUGCUGAAGCUGUUGAUGGAGAAAAAACUGACUAAAGAAAAUCCCUACAAACAUCCUCUUCAGUGAAGCAAAAAAGGAAAACAAUGAACGCCAGCGCUAAUGGAUUAUUAGUUCGUGGGACCUUUGGAAGGUGAGGAAAGUGUAAAAAGACAAUGCAUGCACAUCUGGAAGUCAAACAUCACUACUUCAGCCCGAUGCAGCUUCUUGUUUAGUGUAUGAUGGGUUUGUUGUUUACUUAAUAGAGCCUUUAGUUCUUCAAGAUGACCUUAAUUGGCUUUCUUAAUGCGGGAGUUUCCAUUCUGUUUCGGUCCUCCCAUUUUUGAUUAUUCCUAUAACGUGCACUUUAAUUUAUUGGACAAUACUGACCAGGCUGGAGACACGAGGCUCAGUUGUAUUUAUAGGAUUCUUAUGGUUGUUAAAAGCUUUGUGCUGGUCGCUAAACCUUCACCAUUCAUCUGAACAACAAACAGGCUUAGUGAGCAUUCCUUAAUAUAAAGCUGAGAUUCAGAUAUUUGUUUGUGUUAUUUAGAAAAUGAAGAUAUCGCUGGGCAGAUUUUUCUCUUUCUCAUCAAUGUGAGAAAAUAGUGAUGGGUGUUUGAAAUUGUCCUUAUGUAUAUAGUUUGGUUACUGAGGAAAUGUUACGCACUUUUAUUCCGAAUUUACUAAAAGGUUUCAAUAAGAUCCACAGAAUAUUUUUUUA